GCUUCCGGGCUCUCAUCAUGGGGGACUGAGGAGCAGCGCCGGUCGCCUGCGUCCUCCCCGUCCGGCCCUUGCCGCCAGCCCCCGACCCCGUGGCGGCUCCCCUCGGCUCAGUCUCUGCGAAGCGGCGCCAGCCUCCCUGGGGAGCGGCCGGGGCAGGCGCCGGGUUCAUGUUCCGGGUCGCCGAGCCCAACCCGACCCGAGCUCCGGCAGCGAGGAAGAGCUGGCAUUUCAGUAGGACUAUGGAGGAGCUGGUUCAUGAUUUAGUCUCAGCACUGGAAGAAAGUUCAGAGCAAGCCAGAGGAGGUUUUGCUGAUACUGGAGAUCAUUCUCGAAGUGUCUCUUGUCUUCUGAAGCGGCAGGCAAGAAAAAGGAGGGGACGAAAAAGGCGUUCAUUUACCACCCAUCAUCCCUGGGAGACUGGUCACUGUUUAAGUGAAGGUUCAGAUUCCAGUUUAGAAGAAUCAAGCAAAGAUUACAGGGAGAAUCAUACUAACAAGAAAGACCACAGUGACUCUGAUGACCAGUUGUUGAUUGCUAAACGCAGGCCUUCCUCAAACUUAAAUAAUAUUAGAGGCAAAAGACCUCUAUGGCAUGAGCCAGAUCUGGCUGUGGACAAUUUAGGAAACAGAACUUUGCGCAGGAGAAGAAAAGUGAAACGGAUGGCAAUUGAUCUGCCGUCAGAAGUUUCUAAUGCACUGACAAUAACUCAACAGCAGGAUAACAGAGAUCAGGAAAUGGACAAUGACAAUAAAUCACACCAACAUCAGGAGUUUUCGAAGAGCAAAGUGAAAAAGAGAAAAGUAGCUGCAGUUCGACAAGGACCGGAAAUCUUGGAUGAAGGAGUAGUAAUAGAAAAUGAAGAAAUGAACCAAGCACAUAAGGACAAAAUGGAGUAUGAGGAGCAAAAGGGCUCAGAUGAGAACAUGAGUGACAGUGAAUCCAGCAGUCUGAGCAGCAGUGAUGCUGGUUUGUUUACCAAUGAUGAGGGAAGACAAGGUGAUGAUGAGCAGAGUGAUUGGUUUCAUGAAAAUGAAUCUGGUGGAGCAUGUGGAAUAACAGGAGUCAUUCCUUGGUGGGAACAAGAAGACUCUACAGAACUGGACAGAGAAUUGCCCGACCCAGUCUUUGAAAGUAUCUUAACUGGUACUUUCCCCCUCAUGUCCCAUUCAGGGAGGAGAGGUUUCCAGAGCAGGUUUAGUCAUCUUCAUGGAAUGCCAGCAAGAAACACAAAAAAGGCUCCAGGAAACCAAAAUGCGUUGAUAACUCCAGGACCAGGUGGUAGCAGAAAGACAAUUCACCUGUCCCAGGAUUCUCUUCACCAUGACCAUUGGUUUAGCCCUGGGGCUAGGAAGGAACAUAGCCAGCUCUUGCGAGACAACCGGUCGGACAGAGGACACAAGAAGAACAGCUCAGUAAAAACAGCUAGCAGGCAAACCAGUGUGCAUUUAGGAUCAUUGUGCAUGGGAGACAUCAAACGGAGAAGGAAAGCUGCUCCCCUGCCAGGACCCACAGGGUUUGUAGGUGAAAACACCCAACCAAUCCCAGAAAACAACAUUGGAAACCGAAUGCUUCAGAGCAUGGGCUGGACUCCUGGCAGUGGCCUUGGACCAGACGGGAAAGGGAUUGCAGAGCCAAUACGAGCCAUCCAGAGACCAAAAGGACUCGGCCUCGGAUUCAGCUGACAGAAAUGCACUUUGGCUGUCAUGUGAAAGUAAAGAUAGAAAAUAAUUUAAAAAGACAAGAAUUGCAAACUUGUAUUAUUUGUUAUGAUCAGCAAGUCCAGUUGUUCUUCUCUCAAAGAUCACUGAAACCUGUGUGCUUCACAUCAGCUACUCCAGCUGCAAGGUACAGCCACAGUGACAGAACCGGCAUUUGAAUCUAAUUUUACAAUGGUGCUAAAAUUUACAAACACUUGUACUUUUUUAUUUCCUCUGGUCUUAAAGUUUGUAUUAAGUAAAAAACUCAGUGUAUUUGCUUCUUUUCAUAGAACCUUCUGACACAGCAGAUUUUAGUAUAUAAGCAAUUUUUUUUGUAAGUAUAAUUUCAUCUCAAGAGCCUUGAUAAGGUUUGUCAAGGAAAAUUGAAGUUUAUAUAGUAAUUGUGUUUUCCCCCUUUUCAGGCCAAGUUUCCAAACCUGAUAUUUCUAGUGUUUAACAGUGUUUGAGGAUAAGCUGUCAUUUUGCCUGUAAGAUAUACAUGUUUUCUGCUGGAAGGUGAUAUGUUAUACAAUUUUGUAUAAGAGCAUGAAAAAUGGUUUUGUCAUCAUAGGAAUGCCAUUUCAACAUCAUUAUCCGGCAAUGUAUCACUGUCUUCCACGUUCAAGCUCAAAAGUAAAGCCUUUAUACUUGUUUUUACAUUUGCAGGAUUAUCUUUUUUCAGCAGAUAUUUUAAAAUUUUAGAGUUUAUUCUGAGUGUGGAUAUCUCUUUAUAUGAAUAAUCCUUAAUGUGUCUAUACUCAAGGAUAUAUUUCAACUUUGAACCAGAAAAUUGUGUUUUAAAGAUGCCCCCAUCAGUGUUAAUAUGCUGGGAUUUGGUAUUUUAAACAAUGUAGUGUUCAACAUUUGUUUUGUGAUUGUGCUGGUACCAGUGAGCCACAAUGUUUAAGGAACAUAAAGUAACUGAAAAAGGAGAAGAAG